CGGUGCUGGGCAUACGUGACAGCAGUCGUUAAACUGGGACUUGUUUGUAACUCAAUAACCCUUAUCGAUAUCUUUCAUAUGUAUAAAGCAGGUAGACUGUAUGGCCAACAAACUGGUAAGGACAGUCUUACAAGGAAUACCUGUAUCCUUAAGGUCAUUGUUUGGAGCCUUGGUACAGGUAAAAAAAACUUUGUGAGAAUGUCCAGGCGACCUCAGUCUAGCGUCAGCACACAGAGCACGGCAAGCGACUCCACAGCUCCGCUCCCUGCUCAUCAGUCGUGGGCCCCAUUCAGCGGGCCUGUCAUGUUUACAGGACCAAGUGGACUGCGAGAUCAGCGGGUCAAAGUUCAUAACAACUUCCAGUCUGUCGGCAUUGGCGCUCGGUCGAUGGAGACGACCAACAAUGUGUCGUACCUGAACCGUAGCCCGCCAGGAAGCCAGUUCCCCAGAGCUAAGCAUGGACAGAUAGGGGAGAUCGGCUGGGAAUUCGAGACAUUUGGUCUGGUGAAGGGUAUUUAACAACUGGGAAACACCCACUCAUUAAACUCCCCACACCCUUCCAGUGGAGGUCUCAAGGGGUCACUGUUUGUCUUUCUUAGAACAAUGCUUUAUAUAACUCCAAUGUGGCCUUACUAAAAGCUCUGUGUCAGAUAGAUACGUUUCAAGUUAUGUACAUGGAUGUAUUUAUGACCUUUUGCCUAUGUAAGAAAGGUUAUAUACGUAAUAAUAUGUAUACAUGAAAAUGGCAGUUGUAUCGAGUCUUUGAAUGUAAUACAAGAGAAUUGUAUGGAUGUCAACUUCUAUAUUUUGAGGAACACGUUUCUGAGUAUAUAUACUCAUGCCAAUAAUGGUUG